AUGCGGCAGUCCACUGAGUCAUCAAACACCGUUGCCCUCUUGGCCCUUCUGCUGCUCUGCCCACUCUGUCUUGGCAAUCCCACUGAGGUGGAUGAUGUAAAGUUUGUAUUUCUUCUGGCCCGCCAUGGUGAGAGGCUUCCAUGCCAUUAUUUUCCCUUCCCCGGACUGCCUCCCGAAUUUGUCGGUAGAAAGUGUGAACUUACAUUGAACGGACGACGACAGCACUUUUUAUUGGGACAAUUUUUCCGACAACGAUACCCCCUUCUUCUCUCAUCACAACUAAUCCAGGUAGGUAGCGCAUGCAAGCUUUUAUUCACUUUUAUCUAGGAUGAGGUCCUAAUACGCAGUAGCGCCACCGAUCGCACUUUGAUGUCGGCCAAUUACUUUUCUUGUGGCCUCUACCAACGCUUGGAGGGUCAGCUUCCGAUCAUGCCGCCAAUUUUUUCGUCUCCAAAAAAGUAUGACAGCUUGCUGAAGGUUAGCAGUCCCUGUCCCGCCUUUAAACGGCUGGUUAGUGAUACACUUAACGCGGAUAGUGCAGUUGCCUUUGCGAAACGUGAACUGCCCCUCUACGAUACUCUUCAGAAGAUAGCAGGCAAGUGCUUCACCAACAUUUAAUGAAAUUCCCUAUGAUCACAGGGACUAAGACCUUCCGAGCUUGUCUGCAUGCUUUCAAAUUUAACGUUCUCUCCUAGCGGAGAGCCCUACCGGAGUUCAUCACUUACAUGUAUGGCAAUAGUUUUCCUGGGAAUUAUUCUGCUCAUAAUAGGGUCUGGCCAGCGAUGAAGUUCUCCGUUACAACCAUGAGUAGUCUUCGCUGCAGGAUUGUCUCCUAAGCCCUUUGGCAGCAGCCACCACCUAACUGGUUGCGCUUAAUUUCGAAAUCUUUUGUGGCCUUGAUAAUACAUAAGUCGAACGGUACGUACCAAGACAAAUGGACGUGCAUACAUACCUACGACAACCUAAUUUUAUUUCUGCAGUACUAAUCAAAUGACCUCUGAUCAAUUUUCUGAGCUUUCAUUUUGUUUUGCAACUGUCAGUCCCUUGUGUGAGCGUCGAUUUGCGUUAAAUGACUACCAUCGGUUCUUCCAACAACAUUUGCCUGUAUUGUUCGUUUUACCUGACAAUCUUCUUGCCCCUGCAUCCACUCUGCCUCCUUUUGGUUGUAGAUCUGAAGUUUAUUCCUGAACAACCUCAUCUUCACUUGACGGCUGUCUGGGAGUUAUGUGACGUCCUCUACGUUUGGAACUACCUAAAAUCCCACGCCGUACCGGACUGGCUUGACGCAUCUUUGGUCUCGGGUUGUUCGCGUGCACUAGCUUUCAAGCAACAACUACGUUUCUCAACUCCCUCCCUUACUCGCCUACGCGGCGGUCCACUUGUAGCCCACGUGCUUGACAUUCUGCGAAGACGAUCUGCCAUUGUAGAUCACCUAGACACCCCUACCUCAACAGGCCCCAGUGCUACCGCUUUCAAGUUUGUUAAUUCAGCCCUUGACGGAACGGAUCCACUGGACAUACCCAAGGAAAAAGGCUCCAAACUUGUGGCUUAUUUUGCUCACGACUCUACCCUGGCCGCGUUUCUGAGUCACCUAGGCAUCUUCAACAAGUGAGUCGUUUCCAGACUACUAUUUUUUACUGUACUGUCCAGCCGUCAACUCAGUUCGGGCCGUGAGAAAUGUCUCCAUAAUUGCUUUUAAUCACUCAGUAUCACCUGAUUUAUUAGUACUUACCUUUCGUAUAGGAGUUUGCAUACUCCAACUUAUAAUGCUGCAUACUUUUCCAGAAUUAUUUCCACGCAGAUGCGCAACUGAAUUUGAUAGCAUUCAGCUCAAAUCCGCGCAUAAAGCUCGAAGCUGAUCAUCGAGUCUUGGCUAGGAAGGUUUGAUACGAGUUCGCGCAUUCAAGUCUUACGAAGCUAAAACAUCGGCACACACACACACAGUUCGACCAUCGUUUCUGACGAUGUUCACCAUGUGCUUUACAGCAGAAUGGGAGCAUGGAUGGAGAACUGCGCGUGAGUCAGGUUAAAGUGGUAGUAGACUUGUGGUGCAACUACCGCACUCUCUCCUCCCCUCACCUUGGCCCGGUGUCAAGACAGAGUAAAAAAGGCCGGAGGUAGGAGAGGGCGCAGGUGGCUGACAAGGUGAAAAUCCAGACAUGAGCGCGUGCCAUCACACCGGCUCGAAUUCCGUUGAGUCGGAUUGCCAUAGAGGUCACUUUAAGAAGGAGCCGUUGAAGUCUGAAUCUCAGUCCACUAGUCGACCAUUCCACACAAUCACACACUUGGCUGACUGCGAGGUCCGAGUUAUCCAGUCAAUUGGCCGUCUUUCAAGCCGCUGUAAUAGGUUUAAGUGCGUCAGAUUGUUUAUAGCGAGGACUAUGUGCUGAGACCGUCGACCUCACUCUCUUUCCACUCCCCAGUAGCAGUUCACUGUCCGAGCCGGCCAAUUCUUUGAUGCGGGGACUGGGCCCACUAUCUGAUAACGUUAGAGAGCCCGUCUUUGCGCGCUACAUACACGGCCCGGCCCAUCAAACGCACACUAUGAUUACCCAUAAGGGCGAAACUGUCCGGAUAUCACACAAGUGAGAAAGUACCAUUAAGAAGGAGACAUUUCAGUCGGGCUCUUAAUCCACUAGUUGACCACUCAACACACAAGCACACAACAGUUGAAACUUCAGCUGGUAACCUUCCAAACCACGAUCUCUAGCGCACUUUGAUAGUCUCAAACACAGCAUAUUGUUUAUGAUACGGAAUUGCAACGGAAGGAGCCGAAAAGCACACUCCCCUUUUACGUGAGAGAUGCCGACGAUGCGGGAUGUUGGAUGUGUUCAUGUGUGGUGCAUGUAUUGAUGGAUGGAUGUGUGGUGAUGUGAUAAUGUCUUCUGUGACGAAAUAUAGGUUUCUAUGGAGGCGCAUGUGACCCAAUAAGUCCAUCCGAUGGCUGAAUGUGCGAGGGCAAUGUGGGCAGUUGAGGCCAUGGCGUCUAUUGCAUGUUGGUACACGGGGUGCCGGCUUACCUGUCUCUGUACGAUGAAUUCGCUAGUGGCAAACAAGGCAGACGUUUAAUUUUAAUGUGCGGUGACAGUGUGGCGGGAUAGCUUGGGGGGAUGUUGGUCGGUCGUCGUUGUGGUGCUGCUAGUGGUUGUUGCGCUCAUACAUGGGGGUUAAUUAGACUGGGAAUGGGAAAGUUAGUGGAUGUGCAGGGUGUGCUAAGUGUGCGAGAUGUUCUAGGCUGCUCACGUCUCACUUGAGCACACAACCCCUCGACGAAUGCAACAAUUCGACGGCACAAACGUCUGCCGUCACUUAUCUCAUUCUCCCAGGCGUGGCUGGGAGCAUCCACCGCUAACCCCGACCUCGCCAACGACCUCUGAUGCCUAGGACAGCAACUCGGAGUGCGGUGCACAAUUAAUUUCUUUUCCUGGUCAUUUGCUGUGUGGACCAGGGAGUGUGGUAGCACGCCUAGGUGCGGCUCCGGUCGUUCCAACCAGCUGCGCCCUCCCCCAACAUCCGGUCUUCUUGACUCUGUCUUGACAUCGGGUCCAGAUGAGGCGAGUGGGGAAGAGAGAGUGCGGUAGAUGCUGCGCAUGUCUACUAUCAUAAUAAACUAGUUCCCACGCAAUUCACCGUCCCUGCUCUCACUUUGCAGUGGAGCACACAGUAGACAACGUCGAACUCGACGGUCGAAGGCUGAUGCGUGAUUGGAGUGUGCGGCCGCAGUAGGGACAGAUCGAAGCAGAAUGUCUGUUGCGUUCUGGCGACAUCUUCUGAGGUGGAUCGACGGUGUCUGACCAGGCCGAGUAGAGGUGCUUCGGUCGCGUUGACGUUUCAGCAGACUUCCGAACUUUUAACAAGCUCAGUCGGCGCACCCAACAUUAGCUGAUAGCUCUGACAUGUUAGCGGCAUUUUGGCAUUGGCGGCAUCCAUUCAUAGUAUCGUCGUCUUGAGUACUUGACACUUCGCCCUAACGUCAAAGCUUGCUACUCCAAUUUCUACAAUAGUACGCCGAAUCUGUCGUCCUCGUUCAAGGGUUCCACAGUCAUCAUGGCUGGUUUCCGGUUCCUUGAUUGAGGUCUUUAAGGUGUGUGUGUGUGUGUGCGUUGUCACCUUUUUCCCGCCUUGCCUAUUCAUUCAUGUAGUCUCUUGUCGGACAUUCUUAUUAUUUAAUCGUUCCACCACAUCUGCACCAAACACGUCCGUCCUGCUCAGGAACUUAGUGUCCGAAACCCUCUUCCUCACUUCACCUUCAGUGGUCUCCGGAGACGGCUAAGGUGAUGUGCUCUGACUUUCAUGUACUGUGCACGACUCCGCCCUGUACAACAGUAUGACCGGAAGAACAUGCUUGUAAAUUCUCAAUUUCGUACUGAGGGGGGAGGCCUCGGUGACUCCGUACAGAAUGUUACGGCCUAUUGAAUGCCUGACCGGCUUUUAAGCUCCGAUUGGCAAUUUCGUCGUCGGCUUUCGUGUUUCUUGAAGUGGCGCUUCACAUAUAUGAGGCUAGUUCGGCUGAGAUUAGGCAGGCUUCGCUGAGGGCAUCAGUUGGCGGGCGUUGAUACACAGGGACUAUCCUAUCCAUGCCAAUCGUCAGCCCAAUGUUUGAGCAGCCAAAGGCAAAGAGGGCUGUGGUCAAUUGCAUAGCCGCAACGGUUGUCCUCCAAAACACGUAUUCAUUUGCUAAUAAAGGAUCUUGAAAUCGAGUCUUGGGUACUUUAUUUUCCGUCCGCGCACACUGGAUGAUGCCAGAUUACUACUACUUCAGUAAUUGCUAUCGGCCCCAGGUCGCUCUUCAGGAGUGGCGUCCGUUAGCACUGUGGAGAAUACGAGGUGAAGAUAAUUCUAUUUGUGCAUUUCUGGGCUUUCUUCGUCUUUCAAAUCAGUCAGUUGUUUUCCCCUCGCUCAGCCUCUGCCACGCAUGAAUUCGACACCGGAUAAGUGCGAGGUUGUUUGUCUCGGUCAUAGCGGCGACCCAGGUCUUUUGUUACCCGUUUUUCUCCGGCAAAUUGCGAAUAAUUAAUCCUAGCCCAAUUGUGAAAAACUCGGCGGCCUCAGUGGGAUUCGAACUCACAACAGCAAGGACAAGGUUUGAGCACAGUCAACGCUCUAAUUAAGUUGGCCGAAUAAUCAUCUGGUGGAUUGUAGACUGCUUACUUAUGGAAUCCUGCUUGGACAGUCCGCUUACUGUCAGAAUUAAUGGGUCCCAUACCUUGCAGUAGGUCGGGCGGUUAACUUGACCCAAAUGUGAUUAAAUUCCAGGACUGCCAAUUGGGUCGCGUAGCUCAUGUGGUUAGAGCCCUGGCUGUAUGUGGGCUCGUGCGUACGUGACUCUCGUGGGUUCGAAUCCCGCUGCGGCCGCCUGGUUUUUCACAACUGAGUCAAAAUAAAUCGCUCAUUCUUGUCGUCACACCAGCCGCGGGAUUGCCGGCAUUCUGAACGAAAUGGCAUCGGUGGCGCCCCAGCGUCGUCCACUUCCAAAACUAACAUUCCAUAUUUCUGCCCAUUUUGUUGCUGAUAUCUAUUCCGUGCUGUUCUCGAUCCAAAGAUCUCUGUAUUUACCUGGUGUUUUUUUAAACCUGAGGCCACGUUCAGGGCUCGAGUUACAGGACCAUCUUUGAGACGACAAGGCAGUGGGCGGCCGACCCUUCGACACUACACAUCUGACUUGUAUCGAGCCCGUUUGCUGGCAAUGAGACCCGUCCUCGGUUCUGGCCGGUCUAAAAAAAGUGAGCUGCCUCAAUGAGCCGUGUCUCCGGUGGCGGGCAGAGGUCUACGGAGAUUGGUUCUCUUCAUUGUCAGCUAUGUAGACGGCACAAACCAGUGUUUGUGUAGGAUAUCUUUUCUAGUACCCUUUUCAAUAAUGGGCAGGCGGAUCUUAGAUGGCUGUUGGAUCUUGUCAUGAAUCACGGCUGGUUAGUGGAAAGCGUGCCGAACUGGCCUGCGCCGCCUACGGGGUCGCAUUUCCUUCUGUCUAUAGCGCUCAUUUGGUGGGAACGGAACUACAAAGGAGUUUUCCGGGUGUGAAAACACAUCGAGUAAUCUCAUCUGGCAUGGCCCGCUGGUAAAGAAAUGUCAUUCGGUCUUGGUCGUUGUGAGCAUAACACCGUAGUGGAGCGACCGUUGAGGUAUAUGCGUCAGGGAGGGAUGAUUUCAACGCACCCGCCAAAUCAAUGAGACGUUUGGUGAAACCUCGAGACGUCAGUUUGUAAAGGUUCACCAAGCGCCUGAAUGCACUUAAAGGGACCACACAGUCGGCCCACGACUCCACCUGUACCAUGAUACUGUAGCGUUUGGGCGGCGCGCGGGCUCCGAGCGCUACAAUAAUCAGGGCAAACCCAGAGUUGUAGGGAAGGGCGGGAGUCACCAGAAUAAAGGGUUUAAUAUAUACAGAACCCGUAGUUGUCUUCUCAGGCGGCAGUGGCCGCUGGCGAAGCCAGAGACUGGCGUUGACUGCGGCCAGCCAUGCCUGAGAGUCCCCGAAAGAGUGACGGCAGCCACUUUUGCAGGUUGGUGGGGCAAUAUAUAGGGGUGCCCAAUUGGGGUGUUGCAUUCCCCGGGGGGAUGGUGGCUUAUGUUGUAUUUGCCGAUGGGGAGGUGCGUUCUAGUGGCCACAUGGUCAGCUGCGACUGUGUGGACGUGGGUGUGCCCGAGCUGAAGUCGGUCGUGUGGCUUCAGGCCAGCGCAUCUACAACGACUCGCUGCAAGGGUGAAUGACCUUGAGGCAGCGAGGCCUUGGACAAGGAACUAAACACAACCAUGAUGGCUGUCGGCAACAAUACCAAUGCAAGUAGUGGUAGGUUGCGGCAUCUCUUCUAAAGUGAUAGAGCCUGAACGACCGAAGGAAGGAGCUCUUGUGCAUAGUUUCUCUUAUUAUUCUGACUGCUGACCUGGGGGUACUCUUAUGCUUCUCGGUUUCCUUAUUUCCAUUGUUGACGGUGUCCAUGACUCUGCGUGCAUUCACUUGCGUAUUCCUUGAAUUUUGCCACAUCGACUGGACCAUUAAAAAAAUAGAAGCCCAGACCUCUUCUAGCUCAAUUACAUUCGGUCCGUGUUAACCAGACUUCCGAGUAAUUUACAGUUUCGUCAAAGGCAGCAUGUGACCACUGCUCUUGCCAAUACCGACGAUUUGGUAGACGAACCACGUCUUUUGAGUUGGGAUGACAGCAGUAUAGGGGUUUAAACGAAUGACCCGAACCAUGCUACGGAUGCGCAUAGCCAACCUCUCCUUUGGCGCCUUCUAACUUCUACUUCACACGUAAUAAGAGCCUGUUUGGAUUGAUUUUGCUCACUCUACUUUGCAUUUAUUCUCUCUUUCCAGCCUUAUCCCACCGUUUGCAGCUGCGGUUAUACUCGAACUGUAUCACAACCGGACUGGUGACCCUCGAGUGCGGAUUCUCUACAGAAAUGACACAAUUAAUGGAGCCUCUGAGCCCGUCGAACUGUGGCCAGCAGUCUGCAGUGAAACCACAAAGGCGACCGAUGCCAGCGGCUAUUGUCGGCUAGCCACCCUUGAGGCCGCUUUUAAGAACACCGCUUCCUUAGACCUGGCUGUGGAUUGUCGUCUACCCGAAUUCCCUAUACCUUCUGCAUCACUGGCACUCAGUCCAGCACACUGCGCCAUUUCGGCGUUUCUCCUCUCCUGUGUUCUAAUUGGAACGAGAAGUAAAGCCUACUUGAUUAUGUCGCCCCUAGUUGUGUUUCUUUCUUGUCCACUCGCAUUUAGAGGGCAGUGUUGA